AUGUGGACCGCGCUGAUCUGCCGGAGCUGCGCCGAGCUGAACUGCGCGGAGGGCGCCUGCACGGACGGCUUUGGCUGCUCCGCGUGCCCGGCCGGUUUUGGCAUAUCCUCCUCCGAGCCGCCGCUCGCGUGCACUGUGCGCUGCCCGCCACACUGCACCGACUGUGACAAUGUCGGUAGCGCCGAUUCACGAUCUGAUGGCGGCCGCUGCAACGCCUGCUCGCAGGGCUACAUGCUGACAGAGAACGGCUUCUGUGAGGAGGAGGGCAUCAGCGCCAGCGCUCGUGGCGCCACCCUGCAGCAGCAGCGGUCUCUGCUGCCUGAUCCCCUGAACUUCCUGGCACGGCUGGUGCCUGGCAUGGCGCACAUAGACCCCACAGCAGAUGCAGCAUCUCAGGCCGACCAGGAACGGAGCAUAUAUCUGACAGCAGCUGCACUCCGGCAGGACUUGCAAGCAGCCCUCCCGCUGCAGCUGGCGCAAGCCGUCAGCAGCGAGCAGCCGGCGCUGGUUAACUUCAAUGACUUUGACACAGCUUCCCUGCAGCGCGCAGCUUCCUCGCAGCAGGAACCUGCCCAGAGUGUGUUCUGGCUGCAGUGGCCAGCAGUGCCGCCUGUGAAGGGCUGCCUGCAGCAUUUCCUACGCAGCCUCCUGCAGGCCUUCAUGCCCAGCGGGCUGAUGGGCAGUCCAGGAGAAACCAGCGAUGAGCCAGCAACAGACGGUGAAUCUGUGAGGGACCAAAUGAUAAGGAUGAGGUGGUGGGAGCAAAUGCCGAAGUGGGAAACAGAGGAGGAGGUCUGGAUCAAGGAGCACGGGAAUGCCCCCAGCAGGAUGGACCCUGAGCAACAGCAGCAGCUCACAGCAGCGCAAGAUACAACAAAAAACGCCCAGGCCGCAGAACAAACCAGCAGUCAGGAAGAGGACCCAAGGGAAGCUACGCUCAUGAACACGCUCCUGGGCUUGGCUGAGCCGCAAGGCGGUGAGUCACUCUCAGUCGAGCACGAGUCAGCCUUGCAGCCGGCUGAGCAGGGCGUGGUGAAGCUAUCAGAGGCCCAGCCGCUUGGAAAAGCAUGGACAGGGCUCACAGCCAGCAUGCUCAAGCCGGCACUUGACGCAAGCCAAGUCUCAGAAAGAACACAGCAGGACAUGCACGGCGCAGCUGCCGUGAAGCUGACGGACCCGCAGCCGCUCGGUGACGCGUGGUCCAGCCUGACCGCCGCCAUGCUUCGCGCAUCGCCUGAUCGGGACACGAUGACUAAUCAGGCGGCGGCGGCGACGCCAGCGCAGGAGGGCGCCAGCGAGGCGGUGCUGACGUCAGUGUCAGAGGAGCCGCGCACGGCGGUGGUCAGUCGGGACGCUGUGGCGGCUGCGGCGCGCGAGCUGGCGGCCAACACCGGCAUCAGCAAGGACGCCGCUCUAGACCGGGCCGUCUCCGCCGUGCUGCAGGCCGGCAGCUACGCGGCACCCGACCUUGACCCACUCUGGAGUAACCGGCGCUACGGCCCUGCAGACACUGAAAGUGCAUGGGACACGGACGUUCUGAGAGCGGGGGGUGAUGGAGUGUCAGCCGCGACCAUGGCUGUGCCUCCGCAGUCAGGGCCUCCGCUAGAAGUGCAGCGGAGGGGCGUGAUCAGCAGGGUGCUUGAUGACAUCAGCGGCGCUGUCAGAAGUGCAGUCGCUGCCCUCAGCAGGCACUUUGCGGGCCAGCUUUCUACCGCUGACAGUGAGCACCUUGUGCCCGGUGUGUCUGUUAUUGAUUUAGCAGAGGAAGAGCUCGACACAGCCAGCAGAGAAGCUGCAGCAGGCGCCGCCGGGAAUUUCCCGGCAGCUGCGCUCGGGCGGCUGCAGGUAGCGGCCGAGGCGGUCGUGCGCGCGCAUGCCGAUGCGCCAGACGAUGCCAUCACCGCACAACCAGAUCGCGCAGAUUCUCCUCGGCCCCUCGCAUAUGCCUCUGGCAGGGGUGCUGCCUCUGCUGCAGUCCCAAACGUCUUAAUCAAGGAUGAGGCCACCUCUUCAGAGGCGAUCAUUGUGCCGGGCAUGGCGGCGGCUGCAGAGGUGGCGGCAGGCACGGACCCCUCUCUAAUGUCUGACAUGGCCGUACCCGUCCAGCAGCUGCCUCAGAAGGCGGAAGCUGCUGGCGUCAGCGCCAACAGCAUCAACAAUAAGAUUGAUGAAAAAGAUGUCCAGGGUGACCGUGGCCUGGCUGAAUAUGCUUACGCAGACCCCUCGCUGAUGUCUUGA